AUGUCAGCAUCAACCACAACAAUCCGUCCAGUCACCAAGACACCAACGGUAACAAAACCGGCAACAGUAGCACCGACUAAAACAGCAACCGGAACUGCUCGCACCACAACAAAAGCUGCCGCAACGACUGCACGAGGCACUAGAACAACAACCCUCCGCAUAACUACCGCCACCACCGCAACCAUCUCCCCAUCGCCCACCCCUGAACAGCCAGCCUCGGGAGGUCUUGCUCCAGGUGCCAUUGGCGGUAUCGCAGGCGGUGCUGUGGCUCUGGUGGCCCUUGUCGGGGUUCUGUUCUACAAGCGCCGCAAGAGGACUACGGCGGCCGGAGCCGCGUUCAAGAAAGGCGACGGUAGCAAGGAGGAGCCCAUCUACAUGCAUGCCACCAACUACUCCAGCAAUAAUCAUAAAAACCCGCCCUCCAAUAACGCCAUCUCGGGUCCCAUGGCCUUGACUGCCGAGUCCGACUAUGAGGCACCCGCCGCCGCUGCGGCCGCUGCCGUUGCUGCACCUUCGCCCUAUGGACGACCAUCGCAACAGGACAACAGCCGUGGAGGGCUUCCUGGGGCUGGCCCCUAUGGCGGCCCAGGAGGCGACAAUAGAGACGAUAACAAUAACAACAACCGCAACUAUCCCGGCGGUGAUCACAAGAGCAAACAGGACGACCUGUAUAACAAUAGUAACAACAAUAAUAACAGUCGGUCGCCUCGCUCUCCUCACGACGACAAAGUUCCCCUGCAGCACGACUAUUACGACGACGUCCAGGAUUACUACGACGGUCCUCAAGAACCUAUUGGUGCCCAACGCUCGGCUGUUACCCCUCGAGAUCUGGUCCAAGGCAACCUGACCCCUGCUCCUGAGUACUACCUUGGCAAGGCGGAUAUUGACCCUCGGCGCGACCUUCGUGGACUGGACGAGCCCGAGACGUACAUUCGGAAAGCCAACAUGAACAACAAUAGUAACCAAGAACCACCUGUCGACCAGCAGGGCCUAGCCAGAAACCGUCGGUCGUCCGUCUCGUCCGAUGGCGAAAGUGCCUACAUGACCCUGGAGCAGGCCCAACAAGCACACAAUAAGAAGAUGCAAGGCCACAAGGAGAGCAUCGGAUCUGUCAGCAUGUUAAUCGAUACCUCGAACAAGAACCAUAAACCCAAUCGCGUAGAAGAACUUCAGUCACCUGGAACCCCAAGUUUUGCCCACGACAACGCCUCGAUUGCCAUGUCGGAUUCUGUCAUGUCGAUGAUGCCCUCUUUGCCAGCUAUCAGCAGUCCUAUGCCCUACAACAAUAACAAUGGAGGAAACAACAAGCCCUCAUCAAGACCCAAGGAGUCUGGCCCCAUGUCCCCAGGCGGCUAUGACGACCCCUAUGCCGAGAGUGCGUUCAGCGAGGACUUUAGUUCCUACCCCAACAGUCCUCACUACGCUCCUUACAAUGGCGCCCAUCCGUCGCAGCAGCAUCCUUACCCACAGCAUCCAUCAAGAUCUCAUUCUCCUUUCCCUCCAGGUCCCAACGGUUCAGGCGGCGGUUAUGGCGGAUACCCUCAACAGGGCGGCAGUGGUUAUCGCGGCAAUGGCUAUGGCCCAGGACCAAACCAAGGUGGAUACCCUGGCUCUCCUCCCCAUAAUGGCUAUGGCGGCGGUGGUGGUCGACCCCAGCGUGGCCCCGGUGGUCAUCAUGGCGGUCCACCCGGUUAUGGCGGAGGCGGUGCUCCUGGUUGGAAUGGUCCCGGAUAUGGACCUGGAGGUCCAGGUGGACGGGGCCCUCCUCCUCCUUCCAACUACAGCCCUGGAAACGGCUACAACAACGGAUACCCACCACAGGGUGCCAGUCCUGGCCCUGGAGGCUACAGACAACCCCCUUCACAGCAGCAGCGCGAUCCUUAUUAUGGCCGUGCCUAUUAG